GAUCGGUUGAUGUAUGAGGGAUCUUUCAGCUAAUGUGUAACUCUGAAGAAACCACAGAAAGCAUAACUGCAGUUUAUCUUUUUUUGGGUGGAAAGCUCCUACACAUUAUUGCCAUCAGAGACAUGGAUUGUAUAAUAUGGUAUGCAUUUCAAUUCCAAAUUCAAGAUACAGAGCUUGUCUUUUUUACCUUUUCUGACUUGAGAUUCCAUUGGUUUAUAUAUAAUCUCGAGUUUGGGACAUAUUCUGAGUUGCAAUUUCUGUUGAGAGAAAACGAAGAAGAGGUCAGGUCAGAGGUUGACCUUUUUUCCUAUAGUGGAAUUCCACGUAGAUUAUGUUCUCUUCUUCUCCUUCCUGGUUAUUUUCCUACUUGCCAUGUAUUUCCUUCCUUCAACCUAUUAUCAUUGAUUAUGCAAGUGUGUUUGCAUUUUAAGAGUCAUACCCAGUAGAUCACCACAUUUAGCCGAGGCUAUCAGGAUAGAGUUAUCAGUUGGUUCAUCUUCGUUCUGAGUAUUGAGAAUCUGCUUCUCUCUAAUGUAAAUUUGUGCAAACGAUAAUGGUUGGAUCUGCCAUGAACUCCAGUGGCUGGCGUAAUCCACUCAGUAUCUGCAGUAUACAUCUCACCCUUUUUUGUAACUACUUAGUGUGAGGCUUAGCCAGGGUUUUUA